GAAACAGACAACUAUAUUCCAAGGAAGAUCGAGACAAACAACGUAUUUAAAAUACUAGAAAUAGGAGAAAAAGGAAAGGUUCAUAUAAAAGAGCUUCAUCAAAUUCACCCUCCUUCCAGAAUUAGCUUGCGUUUGACGUCAUCCAUUAUGAACAACAUGACUUUUGAUACCGAUGUUUGUAAAAAUGAUGCAAUUUCCUGUGGCUUUUCUGAUUAUUCUGACGGGGAGAAUUCUUUGUUGAAGGCUGGAAUGUUCAAAGAUGAUUUUGGUGAUGAGAAAGGAAACUGUAUUUCUGUUAUCAAUGGAGCCAUUACAAUAUCGAUGACAGAAAGAAAACUAUGGCAGGAGUUCGUGAAAGUAGGGACGGAAAUGAUUAUCUCAAGGUCUGGAAGGAGCAUGUAUCCAUACGUUGAAUUUUUCUUAAGUGGCCUUGAUCCUUCUGGACUAUAUGAUGUCAUUUUCGACAUAAUACCCGAAACCGGAAAACGUUUCAAGUUCAUCGACAAUGAAUGGGUUCCAUUUGGGAAAAAAAAGAAAGAAUUUAAGAAUAAAGCCUUCCGGGAUCAAGACGCUCCGAAAACUGGGUCGCAGCUGAUGUCUCGAAAGAUUUCAUUUCAGACAGUAAAAUUAUCAAACAAACCAGGCAAAAAUACUUGCACAUUUACACUACAAACAUUGCAGAAAUACAUGGUGUGUAUUUCCUUAGUGAAACAUGAAAGAGAUGGCAAUCUCACUGUUGUCGACUUUCCAAUUCAGGACACAGCUUUUAUAGCGGUCACUAAGUACCACAACAGAGAAAUGUGUGAGCUUAAGGCUCUCCGAUUUCCAUUACAUAAAUCCCUGAACAGAUUACCAACAGAUUUGUCAUUCAACAAACGCAACCAAAUACCAAAUCACGGCGCUGACGAUGGUCCUGUCAAUAAAGCCACUCAAACAGACCCUGAUCCACAAGUAGACUUUUUGUCCUGCUUUUUUGCAUAUGUUCAGGAAAGGACGGGAACUUCUGCAGGCGAUUUAAAUCCAAAGAUAAAAGAUGAAUUAUUCUGCGACUUCAUUCAACAGCAAGAUCAUUCUGAGUCAUAUACAGGUUUUGGAUAUACAGAAAAACAAAAAGAAAGAGCUUGCAAAAUGAAUGAGUUCUGAUGUAGUUAAAGAAAGGAGAUAAUGAUGUAACACAUUCAAGGAAUAGAAAGCUGAGUAUUUUAUAAAGUCAUUAAAUGAAUUAUUAAAAUAAGUGUCACUUUAUACUGAUUUAGUCAUCAUUGAAUUUAGACUUUUUAUUGGCAUCAAUGCUAUUUGUGUAUAUUUAAAGAACAAAUUAAACAUUAAAGCAA